AUGGAGAGCACCAAGAAGACCCUAUUCUCAUGCGCCAUGAAAGGGGAAUGGGGCAAGGUCAUUGAUAUGUACAAGCAAGAUGCGACGCUUCACAAUGCCAGAAUUACUCGCUCUGGACAAACUGCUUUGCACAUAGCAGUCUCUGAUGGGAAGGAGGACGUGGUGAAGCAGAUGGUCGACGCCAUGUCGCAGAAUAAAGAGGCUUUCCGAACUUCAAAUAAUAGAAACAACACCGCCUUGCAUUUGGCAGCUUACAUGGGCAAUGCCAGAAUGUGUCACAUCAUUGCUAGCGUGGAGCGUACCUUGGUGGAUGAUCGUAACGUUGACGGCGAGACGCCUCUCUUCUUGGCCGCUCUCUAUGGCCGAAAACAUGCUUUUCUUUGCCUUCAUUACAUCCGAAACCCUCUCACCACCGCCCCUCCCUACUAUGGUAACUGUAGAAGGAACAACGGUGACACUAUUCUGCACUGCGCAAUCAACGGUGACUUCUUUCAUCUUGCAUUUCGAAUAGUUCAUCUGUAUAAAGAGCUUGCGAAUUGGGUGAAUGAGGAAGGAUCGUCUCCUCUGCAUUUGCUAGCAUCAAAGCCCAGUGCUUUCAGGAGCGGAAGCCGCCUCGGACGGAUGGAAACCCUCAUUUAUCACUGUAUACAAGUUGAGAAGCUUAAGGUAGAAAAUCCAGCAUAUGAACAUCAGAAAUGCACACGUGCAGUCGAGGACAGCGACAGCCGUGAUUGUCCUGACAACUGCAAAAUAUUGUGGGAUGUUUCCCAACUAAUUAAAAAAGUGAUUACUGCUGUUGUACGCAAACCUGCUAGAGCUGAUGCGGAAAAUCCCGGAGCGGGCGGAUCACACGUGGACAGAGCUCAGGCAAAUCCGCUAUUUCCAGUUAAUUAUAAAACCUGUUGCGAUUUGAUCAGGUUCUUUUAUCUGGUGCUUCUGAUAAUUUUGGGGAAAGGAUCAGAGGAAUUGGGGAAGUUAUAUCGCAAAAAGGAGAACCAUACAUGGUCUGUUCAGAUAGUCGAACAACUUCUUGGCCACGCUUCCAUGUAUGAGUAUGAGGAUGAUGGGAGGAACCCCGAAGAAGACGAACGCUAUCCAAAGCAGUGGUCAGACGCCGAUGGCAUCCCACGAGUAUCAAUCAAACCUUCGAACACCGAGAACAACGGUAAUGAUGAGCAGAAUCCUAAAAGGAGGACAACAGAGACUCCUAUAUUAGUGGCUGCAAAGAAUGGUGUGAUGGAAAUAAUAGAGAAAAUUGUGGAGUUAUUUCCUGUGGCCAUUAACGAUAUGAAUGAAGAUAAGAAGAACAUCGUGUUAUUAGCAGUAGAAUUCAGGCAACCUUAUGUGUAUGAGUUCUUGUUGAAGAAGGCUAUUUAUAAAGAGAGCUUAUUUCAUCAGAUGGAUAAGGAUGGAAACAGUGCUUUGCACUUGGCAGCCACACUUCGUGAGCACAAGCCUUGGCUCAUUCCUGGCGAAGCUCUUCAAAUGCAAUGGGAACUCAAGUGGUACAAGUUCGUAAAUAAGCCAAUGCCACCUGAUUUCUUUGUUCGAUACAACAAUAAGAAUGAAACCCCAGAUGUUGUGUUUACCAAUACUCACAAGGACCUCACGAAAACGGCCUCCGAGUGGCUGAACAAAACCUCAGAAUCAUGUUCGGUGGUGGCGGCACUAAUUGCCACGGUGGCAUUUGCCACAGCAGCCACUGUGCCCGGCGGAUUCAUCCCAGAAACAGGCGAACCAAUCCUUGAAGAUAGGCGAGAAUUCCAACUGUUCGCCAUCUCAUCACUCAUGGCACUGGGCUUCUCCAUCACGGCCCUGGUGAUGUUCCUAUCUAUUCUCACUUCUCGAUUUCAAGAGCAAGACUUUAACAAAGACUUGCCGAGGAAGUUAAUGAUAGGUUUGACUUCCUUGUUCGUGUCGAUUGCUUCCAUGUUGGUGUCAUUCUGUGCUGGACAUUUCUUCGUGCUCAAGGAUACACUUCAUCAUCUUGCUCUUCCACUUUACGUGGUGACUUGCCUCCCUGUAACCCUUUUUGUUUUGGCACAGUUUCCGCUCUACUUGGAUCUUCUGUGGGCUAUCUUCAAGCACGUUCCACAACGUAGUUACAGUCCCACCGCUGGACUUCAAUUGUGAUCCUCAAGUUUUCCAUGUCUCAUCAUCAGCCUGAUUUCAAGUCUAUUACAUGUGUGUACUUUUAUUGACUUAUUAUGAUUAUAC